CCACCACUGCAACCUUCCUGAUAACAAUCGCAGGCAGGAUAGUUAAAAGCUUUGUAAUUCGACUGUUCCUUUUGAUUGCCAGACUUUGAUCCCAGCAGACGUUGACAAGAUGAUAGCGAGGGCGAUGUUAGUGUGUGCGUUUGUCGCAUUGUUCGGACUGCUCCAAGCUCACCCAGAACGACCUCCCCUCACUGACCCCGGCCAGGCCAGAGUGUUGUUCAAAGAGGUGGUUCAAUCAGAAGGCUCCACCGGCAACCUCACCGUCACCAACCUGAUUCACAUCUUCAAACUUUUCGACACAGACGGUGACAACCAGGUAGCCAGGGCGGAGUUUGUCGCCAAGUGGCAGGCCCUCAAGCUCGGCGACGCCAUGUCCGCCAUUUUCCUCUUCCAGCAUGCUGACACUGAUGGCGAUGGCAUCCUGAGCAUGGACCCCGACCUCCCCCGAGUCUUCAAGUUCUUUGACCUCAACGGCGACGGUGUCGUCAGCGAGCCCGAGUUCGUUGUGGCCUGGAGCAGUCUCUCAAGCUGAACCCACGAUGAUAAGGCUACUGAGACAGUACAACUGUAACUAGUCAAAGCCCUUGUCUCCUCGGCCUGAUAACUUGAAACUUUCGGUUUUGCGUUGUUGAAAAAUAAAAAUUCGCUGACUGUGUAAGAUGU